UUCAAAUGGAAACAGAAAAUAUGAACAAGAGUAGAGAUAAUUGUGAGCGCGAGACUACGCCAAUGGGAUAUAAUAUCAAGAGAAAAGACAGGUUCAAGAAAAUUAAAUAGGAACUUCCAAAGCCACAUGUCAAGGAUCAAGAAAAACUACAACCCCAGCUUGCUAAAGCUGAAGAGACUUAAGAAUGGACAGAUGAAGAGAAAUGGCUUUCAUUUCAACAAGAAGAAGGCUACCUUGGCUAACUCAGUUUCUCCUAUUAAUAAAUCUCAGGAAUUUCAGCAAAUGAACCGUGGGAUUUUUGACGAUCCCUACCAGACAUUAUCAAAGCCAUUGAAUAACAAGUUGAUCACGAACCUUGAACUUGAAAAUGUCACAUUUAAGAAUGAUGAGGCUAUCCCUAAUAAGAAUAGAAGUACUGGAAAGUCUAAGAGGUUGAGUAGCACUUUCGAAGGAUUUGGUUCCAAUAAAGGGUCAUUUAAAGGAAAUCAAAGGCUCAGUGUAAUGUACCAAGACUAUCUCCCAAGUACCAGUAGUUCUAAAAAGCGGCCACGGGUUUAUUCAAAGCGUAUUAUUCGUAUCUACGAAGAAGACCAAGAAAUGAGAGCUAUACACAAUACUUUCAAGAACAGACCGGGAAGGAAGACCUACACUUCUUUAUCUAAGAAGAGAUUUCAGAGCAAUAAGUCUUUGAUAGGGAUUAAAAUGAAAACAAAAGCUCUGACUCGGGCUAUGAACAUGACUAUACAGGAAAAGAACAUGAAAAGGGAAUCAAGCAUUAGACCAAUGACUAGCGAUAUUACGAGGAAAUUUAAUAAAGGAAAUUACUCAGUCGCAACAAAAGCACCAAUCAAUCACUCUUCUUACUCAUUGCAUGAUACCAAUAUUGGGGAGAAAAUAGGAAAGAAGAGAUACAGCUCAUCUAACCCAAUUAAGAAAAAUAAGUUAAAGAAAUCAGAAUCUUCUGAGAAAUCCUACAGUAGGCUAAGAAAGAGGAUCCUCGAAGAGUGAAGACUUACUGAGCAGCAGCUUGCAAGCACUAACAAAAGAUGUAAGAAGUUCUUCUGGUCACCUGAUUUCUCUUUCUGAGCCUUCGCUACUAAGAACCAAAUGAAAAAGACAGCUGCACUCUAUGGUAACAAAUAGCUCAGUCUCUCAAUACAUUACCUAGUUCACACACAAGCUGUCUUUCAAUCUUGGCUGGCUCCUU